AUGGGCAGUACAACCCCACCCAUUGGCGAACCAUUAGAAAUCUGGCAAUGGAACUGCCGCGGCUUCCGCAAAAAGCGGAGCCUCCUCCAACAAUACAUUAACACACACCUUGCUCAACCAGAUGUCAUAGCGCUACAGGAACCUGGCACAUCACCCAUACUCCCAGGCUAUGAGUCCUACGAUAGCCCGACAGAAGGCAGAGCGGCCGUCCUGAUUAACAAAGCAUUAACUGCAAUUGGUCUUGACAACAUCCCAGACACCAACAUCGACCAUGUGAUAGUGGAGCUAAUUCUCAGGCGCAAAAAGAAGGCCGAGAGGCGAAGCAUCAUAAUCGUCAAUGUAUAUAGUCCCCCGAAACAAAAAUCCACCGGCUUCCACGCUCUCGUUCAGGGUGCCUGCAAAUUAGCCCAGGGGAAGGAACUCGUACUCCUCGGGGACUUCAAUGCUCUCGACGAACGCUGGGGAUACAAUCGUUCGGAUGUCAAAGGCAAACAACUUGCAGCUGCCACCGAAAAAUUCCAACUCGAACUGCUUACGGAUCCAGCAAACCCUACCCGGAUCGGCAACAGCGUAUGCAGGGACACUUGUCCCGAUCUCACCUUCGCCCGUGGUAGUGCAAACUAUAAUUGGGACAACUUGCAGGAAUCCUUGGGUAGUGACCACUGCAUUCUCCGUACACAAAUUACGGAGAGUGCGAUGCGUCGCUCCAUUGGACAAGCCCGCAUCACAAACUGGGACGUCUUCCGUCGCGAGAGCGAGAAUUCAAUUGACAACCUUGUAAACCUCACUGACUGGUGCGAGCAAAUUAAAGAAAUUCGGGACCGUUGCACCACCGUCAUGAAAAGAACAUCUCAACUCCCAGAAGUGGACGGCCAUCUUCUGCACCUGUGGGAAGCCAGAAGAAGCCUCAUCCGCAGAUGGAAGACCCGAAAACAUAACCGACGUCUCAAGCUCAAGAUCGCAUCUCUCACCCUCGAGGCUGAGCAGUAUGCUGAGCAACUGGCACGAAUUAACUGGGCCCAGUUCAGCGACUCGCUUCGAGGCUCACUGGGUACGGCCCGCACGUGGCACGUUCUACGAGCCUUGAUUGAUCCUACUCGAACAAAAAAUGAGACAAACAAAUCAGUCCAGCGCCUCAUACACGCCUUUGAAGGCACGGACGACGAGCUGCUUGCUCAAGUACAGCGCAAAUGCUAUGGUGAUUAUCACCCGCCUCCCUAUCGGGCGAGGUAUCAAGGUUAUGCAAACCACACCCUGGACCGACCGAUAACGUUGGACGAAGUUAAUGCUGCCAUUCGCAGCAGCACCCGCAACACAGCAGCGGGGGCGGAUAAAAUCACGUACUCUCUUAUCAGGAAUCUCAACGACACCGCCGUACAAGAACUCACAAACUUCCUAAACGACCAUUGGCAAUGUGGCACGCUCCCCCCGAGUGGAAGCACGCAGAGGUGA